AUGAAAAGGGUAAUGGGAGGAGUUGGAGUACCCUCAAUCUCUAUCUGUUGUUUGUUCCAAACAGGACCCCCCAGAAGUUUGAGUCUCAAGUUCAGAUUGAAACCUUCAUUUUCACAUUCAAUCACUACCAUGGCAUUGACCAAUAACACCAAUGAAAGGAAGCUUCCUAUUCUGCUAUUUGAUAUCAUGGACACCCUUGUUCGUGACCCUUUCUACCAAGAUGUCCCUGCCUUCUUCGGAAUGCCUUUGAAGGAGCUCAUAGAUAUCAAGCAUCCCACUGCUUGGAUUGAGUUUGAAAAGGGUCUCAUAGAUGAGAUGGAGCUAGCAAGAAAAUUUUUUAAGGAUGGAAGGGAUUUUGAUUUAGAAGGCCUUAAAACUUGUAUGAGAAGUGGAUAUUCGUACAUAGAAGGCAUCGAACAGUUGCUUUUUUCCUUGAAGAAAAACAAUUAUGAGAUGCAUGCUUUUACAAACUAUCCUAUAUGGUACCAGUUGAUUGAUGACAAGUUAAAACUAUCAAAAUAUUUAUCAUGGACAUUUUGUUCGUGCACAUUUGGAAAGAGGAAGCCUGAUACUGAAUUCUAUAAGGAAGUUGUGAGGCAUCUUAAUGUUGAUCCAACAGAUUGUAUUUUCGUAGAUGACAGGCAAACAAAUGUGGAGGCUGCAACCGAAGUUGGCAUCAAAGGUGUUCAUUUCAAGAAUGUCGAUUUACUAUGUGAAAAACUCUCAAUGAUGGGAAUUGACAUUUGA